AUGAGCGCCACAAUACUGCACGAUGUGAGCGGAGAGGCGACGACGGCAGCGGCGGCAGGGGAUAUCUUCAACGCUCUUCAUGUGCUUGCGCCCGACGGCGAGGCGUACAUCCCGCCGUUCUUCAUCAUGACGGCUGCCCGUGAGAUGGGGUAUUAUCCGACUGCACAGCAGCUGCAGAGCAGCCUCUCGGAGGUUGUCGGCCGCGGGGAUCGCUUGACGCUUCCUCUAUUCAUGCAGCUGUGUGCCCUGCUCGAGUCGACGCGGGCCUUGGACAGCGACACCAUCCACCUCUACAAACGCGCCUUUGACGUUCGCAACACAGGUGUGCUGAACAGAGGUGAAUUUCGCACUAUCAUUGCCACAUCCGCCGCAACGGACAUUUCGUCUAGCGAGAUUGAGGCCAUAGUGGAGCUGCUGGAUCCGAUUCACACGGAUUCUAUCCAGCUCCAUGCUUUGCAGUCGAUUCUCAUGCGGUAUCUGUCCAAGGAUUCAAAGAACGUUCGUGAAAGCUCCUACACACCGCGAAGUGCGCGCAAAGAACCCGUACCAGCAAUGGUGGCGUCAUCAGUAUGGGACGAUAAUCAUCUGAAGCCCCGAUCACUUAAUGUGAACGAAUUCAACAGGAAGCCGUUGUCGAGCGUACCCAGAAAGAGUAAAAGUAGCAAGAGCAUGGAACGAGUACCCGUAGGUGCAAUACCAAACUCAGUCCAUGAAGGGUAUCACAGCUGCUCCACACGCACGGAAGCAGAUGCGGCCGAAAGAAGGCAUGCGUCGCCAUUCGCGUCAGCGCCGGACGACAUGACAGACAGCAGGGGCGAGCCGUCGCCUGGUUUCCCACCACCACAGACAACGGCUCCGUCGCCAUACACGAGCGGCCCCGUCACACGUGCCACAAGCCUGCAGCAGAAUAUGCAGCCCCGAGAGCCACUCCUCCAACCGAAAAGUAUGACGACACCACUGCAACCGUCACGUGGCGGGAGUGCGAAUGAGCCGCCGUGUGUGGUGGAUACGGCGGAGAAACCGUCCGUGCGCAUGUCGGAGAGGUCGCGCCAUUCGGCCACACCUCCCUCGCAUGUUCCCUACACACUGAUGCCGUUCGUUGAUGCAUGCCCUGAAGGGACGGAGCUGCAGGCGGAGGACGCAUCAUUGCAGCUUGGCAGCGCUCAAAAUGGCGCAGGCAGUACGAGACGAACGCCGCCCGAACCAACACCGGAGGAGUUGAGGGAUAUCCCUCUAGAUGACACGUGUAGCGCCCACGACAUGAGUGGUGGCUUGCUUUCGCAGGGUGAUGAUGCAACGCCAGAAGGUUCCACACUUCCUCGGAUCAUUUGUGCGCCAACAAAUGUUGCGAUAGAGGAUGGGGCUUGUAUGGGUCAGGGGAAGGCGCGGCCCAAAGUAUUUUGCGACAAUUGUUGCCAAAUGUUCUAG